GCCGCUCGAUAGGGGGUUUCUCUUGUUCUUUCUCUCCGUUCUCCCCUUGCCCGUGCUCAUCCGUUCAUCCGCUGUCGUCAGUGGGACCCAGGCAGUGGAGAGCGGAGCAGAAAACAGACUCUGAGAGACAGGAGAUAAACUGCACAGCAGAACGAGAAGAGAGAGAGAGAAACGGAGAUCAGAAGAGAGUCAGGGUCAGGGUGAGGGAGUAAGGGGGAAAUAUUUAAAGAGAGAGAGUAAGCAGAUAGAGGGGACAGAGAGAGAAACAGAGAGGAGACAGAGGGAGAGAAAAAGAGAAAAAGGGAGAGAAAUAAAGAGACGCAAGAGAGAGAGAAACAGAGAGAAACAGAGAGAAGAGAGAGAGCAGUCUGUCUAGCUCAGGUCCGCUGCUGCUGUAUUAAAUCUCUGGUCUGUCACACCAGCGCUCACCAGAGAAGAGACUAAUGAAGAAGAGGAGAGAGGAGUGAGAAACGGUUUCGCUAAGGAUUUCAUCACUUCUGUUUAUGGGACAAACAGUGAUGGGAAACCAGAACAAACGUCUGUGACAAGAUCAAACUUAAAGAAUAACUGGGGGAAUGGAAAAGUGCCUUUGGAAACAUCUGUGGGAAUGUGGACUGUGCAUCUCCGUCUUCUGGGUCCACCUGUCUUCUGAAGACUGAAGGACAGAGAGAGGAAAAGGACAACAAGUCACAUCUUACUGAACGCUGAACUUGUGUCAACAAAUGAAUCCAGCAGUAGCGGAGGAUUUCCUACUAGGCACAAUAUGUUUUGGAAAGACAGGAAUUCCUACUGACCUCUACUUCCUUUAUUGACAUUUUUCCAGGAUUCUCCGACUUAUGAAUUGAGUUCAUCACUUUCUACUGUUGCUUUUUUUUCCGGGGCUGCACAACUCCCUCCCUCAUUCACACAGAGGACCACAGCCUCCUGUCCGGCGCCCUCACCCCGUCCUCCUCCUCCUCCUCCUCCUCCUCCUCCUCCUCCUCUUCCCCUCCUCUCCUGGUUGAUGUCUUUUCCCUGCAUGCUGUCCCACUGCUCGGCAGAUCACCACACUCAUGGUCGAUGCCAAGGGCCGGAAUAUGAAAUGUCUGACCUUCCUCUUGAUGCUCCCGGAGUCCGUCAAGAGUAAGUCGGCGAGUUCCAAGAGCUCCAAAAAGGCGGUCAACAGCGGAGGUGCGUGCGGGGGUGGCAGCAGCUCCAAGCUCCCCCCGGUCUGCUACGAGAUCAUCACCCUGAAGAGCAAGAAGAAGAAGAAGAUGGCAGCAGAUAUUUUCCCCAGUGCCAAGAAGCAGGGUGGCGGGUCAUCGACUUCCACGGUACAGCAGUACCAACAGCAGAACUUGAAUAAUAACAACACGAUACAGAACUGCAACUGGCAGGGGCUGUAUUCCACCAUACGAGAGAGGAACUCUGUGAUGUUCAACAAUGAGUUAAUGGCAGACGUUCACUUCCUGGUGGGACCGGCCGGAGGGACACAGAGACUACCAGGACACAGGUAUGUUCUGGCUGUGGGCAGUUCUGUAUUCCAUGCCAUGUUUUACGGGGAGCUCGCGGAAAACAAGGAUGAAAUCCGGAUUCCGGACGUAGAGCCAUCAGCGUUCCUGGCCAUGCUGAAGUACAUCUACUGCGAUGAGAUCGACCUGAGUGCCGACACGGUCCUGGCCACGCUCUACGCAGCGAAGAAAUAUAUUGUGCCCCAUCUGGCCAGAGCCUGUGUCAACUUCCUGGAGACCAGCCUGUCCGCCAAGAAUGCCUGCGUCUUGCUGUCUCAGAGCUGUCUUUUUGAGGAGCCGGAGUUGACACAGCGAUGCUGGGAGGUGAUUGACGCACAGGCAGAGCUGGCUUUGCGUUCUGAGGGGUUCACAGACAUCGACUCCCAGACCCUGGAGAGCAUCCUGCAGAGGGAGACGCUCAAUGCCAAAGAGGAGGUGGUGUUCGAAGCAGCACUGAGCUGGGCCGAGGCUGAGUGUCAGAGACAGGACCUCACCGCCUCCAUCGACAAUAAAAGAAAGGUCCUGGGAAAAGCAGUGUUCCUGAUCCGCAUCCCCACAAUGGCUUUGGACGACUUUGCCAACGGUGCCGCCCAGUCUGGCGUUUUGACUUUAAACGAGACUAACGACAUCUUCCUGUGGUACACCGCGGCAAAGAAACCUGACCUACAGUUUGCCAGCCAACCCCGGAAAGGUCUGUCUCCACAGCGAUGCCACCGCUUCCAGUCCUGCGCCUACCGCAGCAACCAGUGGCGUUACCGGGGACGGUGCGACAGCAUCCAGUUCGCUGUGGACAAACGGGUGUUCAUUGCCGGGUUUGGACUCUACGGCUCAAGCUGCGGUUCAGCAGAGUACUCAGCCAAGAUUGAGCUCAAGCGCCAAGGUGUCCUACUCGGGCAGAACCUGAGUAAAUACUUCUCAGAUGGUUCCAGUAACACAUUUCCUGUUUGGUUUGAGUACCCAGUGCAGAUCGAGCCAGAUACGUUCUACACAGCAUCCGUGGUUCUGGACGGGAAUGAGCUGAGUUAUUUCGGACAGGAAGGAAUGACCGAGGUGCAGUGUGGGAAGGCAACAUUCCAGUUCCAGUGCUCAUCGGACAGUACCAACGGGACAGGAGUCCAGGGGGGACAGAUACCAGAACUCAUCUUUUACGCUUAACGGGAUAUUCACACUUAAUGAGAUAAUCAGUGACCCAUCAGAUAAUCAGUGACCCAUCAGCUACUAGACACAAUCCGGAUAUGGCAGCUCUUGCUAGCAGGUUUUGGCUAAAAAGAAAAUUGUAGAAAUUCAUGGUGUUUGAUGGAUAAACCCACAGGAGGAGACUUCAACGUCUUGAUCAUUGAUUAUCUCGACAAGUGUGAGCAAGUUAAACUGUCAGUAGAGUAGAAUGGACUAGACAAUAUCUUUGGACCCCAGGAUUCCAGUGGAAAUGUGUUUGCUUUUAAGGGACCAUUACGGAAUGCAGACUUUGGCUUGUGGGCCAAAAAACCUGUUAAUUUGAACUGCCUAUUGUGAACAUGUCUAGAUUCUGGACAGUUUUUCAUUUUCAUUUGCUUGCUGUUCUUUCAGACCGAUAAUGGUUCCAUUAGUGAACUACUGCAGGACUAAAAUAAUAUGUACAUUCAACAUUAUUUGGAUUUCUGUUUCUUUAUGUGCAAAAGAAAAUAGAUAUAGAAGUGAAUUAUUUCCGACAAAAUAUAAUUGAGGAUUCUAUAUUGGUUCCAGAGGGUCUUACUUGGUGCCAUGAAUUAUUCAAAUAAAACAGACUGCUUAAUGUCUGGUAAGUGACCUAGCAAAAUAAAUGUUUGAGUACCAGCAGUGGAUUCAAUAUCAUGACGUUUGAAAUGUGUGUACUGUACAUAGAUCUGUAUAUCAUGUAAUAUAUACUUUGUGAGGUAUCUUCUAUGACUACAUUGCUAUGUGUUUCUUUUGUUGAUGCUUGCAUCCUGCACAUAGAUAUACAUUUAUAGAGCAGCAAUACUUCACUCAUAUUGUAUCUUAAUAAUUAACCGACUGAUUGAUUAAACCAUUCUACAUUUCCUAUUUCCCUAAGAUUUGCACUUCACAAAGCACUCCCCUUUUCCAGUCAGAUUGGAAAACCGGAGGCAAUGAAAAGACAUUGGUAAUAUUUCAAAACCAACAACUCACUAGAUAAUGUCAAACACUGUAUUUGUAAAAAACUAAAGUCAUAAUAGUGACCAAAGGUAGCGAUCAAAGGUGGUGGCCAAAAGAGUCCCCAACAGCUGCACUUAAAUGGACAUAUUGUUAAAUAUGAUGGUUUACUGCCACUGUUCGGCAGCAUUUUUAAUAUGAUAUGUUAAACAUAUCAGUACAGACAGGGACAGGUUUACUGAGGAUUGCACUGAUGUUGUUUGUUGAUGAUUGUUGGGUUGUAUCAUUUACUUUGACGUGAGGCGGCUUUUUGAUUUGCUCCUUCUACAAAUAAUUUAUUGUGUAAAGGUGAAGACCACUCUGUCCACUAAUAGCAGCUUGAGCAUGGAAUUGAGCUAUAACAUACAGCCACGGCAUGUCUAAAUUAACUAUUUUGGCUAUAGUAACUAACACCAAGAAGGUAUCAGAAGCUGUCAGAAGCGAUUUUGGCUUUACCAUCUCACAAUAAGAUAAUUUCUUAGCUGUGUCGGACAGUAACUCCACUUGAUGCUUAGCUGACUAAGAGCUGGAGAGAUUGAUGAUGACUGUGACGAUGCUGGCAUAGAUGAGGAUGGUGAUGAUGAAGUGACAGAGGUCCCCUUCUACUUGAUUGUCUAUGUUUUGUGUUAAUGCCGUGGUUCGGUGCGGAGAGACCUAGGAAUGUGUAUGAUUGUGAUGUAAUGCAAAUAAACCAAACAAGGUACUA